AUGAUGGUUGAUGCUACUAGUGGAGGAGGCUUGAUGAACAAGAGUGCUACUCAAGCUGAGGAGAUGUUUGAGAACAUUACGGCAAACUCUCAACAAUUUAAUUACCAGAGAGCUCCCCCAAAGAAAGCAAGUGUUUAUGAGGUAAGUGCUAGUGAUAUUGGUCCUCAAAUAGCUAAUUUGACUAACCUUGUUAAGCAGUUAAUCCCUCAAGCACAAGUGUGUGCCGUGUGUGCUAAUCCCGGACAUCCUACGGAGUCUUGUCCAUGUUUGUAUGGUGAUGGAGAAGAGAUGGCUCAAGCACACUAUAUGCAGCAACAAAAGCCAAGAAAUGAUCCUUUUUCUAACACCUACAAUUCGGGAUGGUGGCAAAACCCUAAUUUUGGAUGGAAGAACAACCAAAAUGUGCAAAUAACCCCGGUUCAACAAAAUCAGUUUGUUCCUCAACAAAAUGUGCCACCACCACCUCAUGGGUAA